AUUAAAUAAUUAAAGGCCGGCUUUAAAAAAAAUAUUGAAAUUUUUGUCAAAAUUUCACGUGCAGUUAAAGGCUCUUUGAACACGAAAACUUCUUAUCCCAGAGACAAUUCUGAUACCAAUAAAUGAGUUAGACUCAUUGCAGUUUGCCGCACCAUAUAUAUUUACUUAUAUAUGUUAGCUAGAUAUAUCAAACCUCAUCACAACUCUAAAAAAAAUGAAAUGUUUUUCUUCACUAGCCCCCAUUGCCAAGAGGUUGCAAGGCAAGGUAGCCCUGAUCACAGGCGCAGCGAGUGGGAUCGGAGAGAGCACAGCAAGACUCUUCGCUCAUCAUGGUGCUAACGUUGUUAUUGCCGACAUCCAAGAUAAAUUAGGACACUCUGUAUGUAAUGAAAUCGGCUCCGAUUAUGUUCAUUGUGAUGUUACCAGUGAAACUGAUGUCAAAAAUGCCAUAAACACGACCAUUUCAAAGUAUGGUAAGCUCGACAUAAUGUUCAACAAUGCAGGAACUUCAGAUAUCGCAGGUCCAAGCAUCUUGGAAGCUGAGUACAAAAGUUACAAGCAAGUUUUUGACGUUAAUGUGUAUGGAUCAUUCCUGGGAGCCAAACACGCUGCAAGUGUUAUGAUCCCAGCAAGAAAAGGAAGCAUUAUCUUAAUGUCCAGUGUUGCUUCUGUGAGCCAUGGCGAUGUUUCUCACUUCUACGCUGUGUCGAAACAUGCGUUGGUUGGACUUACGAAGAACUUGUGUGUAGAAUUGGGGAAAUAUGGGAUUAGAGUUAACUGUAUUUCGCCGUAUGGGGUGGCGACGCCGUUGCUGAGAGAAGCAAUGGGAGGGAUUAACGGGAAGAUGGUGGAGGAGAUUAUUGGUGCAGCAGCUAAUCUGAAGGAGACUGUUUUGGAAGCAAAGGAUGUGGCUGAGGCUGCUUUGUUCUUGGGGAGUGAUGAGUCCAAGUAUGUUAGUGGGUUGAAUUUAGUUGUUGAUGGUGGUUAUAGCACCACCAAUGUGGCCCUUGGAGAGGCACUCAAAGAAUUCUUGCCUUAAGAGAAACCCAUCUAGAUUUCAAUUCCCGUGUUGAUUUAUCAUGUUUAUGUCAUGUUCAACUGUGUUACUUUUUAUCUUUACAUAUAUAUAGGCCUAUUAUAAAAACUCAGUGUAUUACAGUGUAUUACGAUGACUCGUAUACCGAAAUCUAAAAAAUAGAGUUUUAUAAUGUGUGUGUAAGCCUGCUAGCGAUGUAUAACCAUCUUUCUACUAUAGUGCCA